GUCCGCCGAAGCUCUUCUCGGCGGCUCAGGCAGCUGAGUGGGAAAUGGCUCGGACUGUGGUGGCUGUUACGGCUUGGGUUGUGGUGGAGACGGAGGCUCAGGAAGCGUGAGGUCUUGCUAUUGGGAGCUUCAAGAAAAGAAAUAGAUUAGAAGAAAGUUGGUCUUUUAAAGUGGACAUGGCUCAGAUAUCCAGCAACAAUGGAUUUAAGCAGUGUUCAUCUUCACAUCUGGAACCAACAAGAACAAAUGAUGUGGACAAAGAAGAAGCGUUACAGAUGGAAGCAGAGGCUUUAGCAAAACUGCAAAAAGAUAGACAAGUAACUGAUAAUCAGCCAGGCUUUGAGUUGUCAAGCAGCACUAGACAAAAAGCACAAGUUUAUAACAAACAGGAUUAUGACCUCAUGGUGUUUCCUGAAUCAGAUACCCAAAAAAGAGUAGUAGAUAUUGAUGUAGAAAAGCUCACCCAGGCAGAACUGGAGAAACUGUUGCUAGAUGACAGUUUCGAGACAAGGAAAACACCUGUGAUGCCAGUUACUCCUGUUCUGAGCCCUUCAUUUUCAGCACAGCUGUAUCUUAGACCUCCUGUUCAGAGAGGACAGUGGCCAACUGGUUUAUCUGGGCCCUCCACUUAUACUUUACCUUCUAUUUAUCAGUCAACUUACAGCAGUAAACAGACUGCAUUCCAAAAUGGCUUUAAUCCAAGAAUGCCUACUUUUCCAUCCACAGAACCUCUAUAUUUAAGUCUUCCAGGACAGUCUUCAUAUUUUUCAUAUCCUUUGACACCUGCCACACCCUUUUAUCCACAAGGAAGCUUACCUACCUGUCGUCCAGUAGUCAGUCCUGACAUGGCAAAGCUGUUUGACAAAAUAGCUAGUACAUCAGCAUUUUUAAAAAAUGGAAAAGCAAGGACUGAUUUGGAGAUAGCAAAUUCAAAAGCUACAAUCAGCAAUCUACAGGUAUCUCCAAAGUCUGAAGAUAUCAGUAAAUUUGACUGGUUAGACUUGGAUCCUCUAAGUAAGCCUAAGGUGGAUAAUGUAGAGGUAUUAGACUAUGAAGAAGAGAAAAAUGUUCCAGGUUUGCUAGCAGAGGAUCCUUGGGAUGCUGUUCUUCUUGAAGAGAGAUCACUAGCAAGUUGUCACCUUGAAAGAAAGGUGAAUGGAAAAUCUCUUUCUGGGGCAGUGGUAACAAGAAGCCAGUCUUUAAAUAUUCGAACAACUCAGCUUACAAAAGUCCAGGGCCAAAUAGCUCAGAAAGACCCAAAUGGGACCAGUAGUUUGCCAACUGGAAGUUCUCUUCUACAAGAAAUUGAAGUACAAAACGAGGAAGUGGCAGCAUUUUGUCAAUCCAUUACAAAAUUGAAGACCAACUUUCCACAUACCGAUCAUUGCACAAAUCCAGGCUAUUUGUUAAGUCCAGUCACAGUGCAAAGAAACAUAUGUGGAGAAAAUACUAGCGUGAAGGUCUCCAUUGAAAUUGAAGGAUUUCAACUACCGGUUACUUUUACAUGUGAUGUGAGUUCUACUGUAGAAAUCAUUAUAAUGCAAGCCCUUUGCUGGGUGCAUGAUGACUUGAAUGAAGUUGAUGUUGGCAGCUAUGUUUUGAAAGUUUGUGGUCAAGAGGAAGUGCUGCAGAAUAAUCAUUGCCUUGGAAGUCAUGAACAUAUUCAAAACUGUCGAAAAUGGGAUACAGAGAUUAAACUGCAACUUUUGACCUUAGGCGCAAUGUGCCAAAAUCUGGCCAGAACAGCUGAAGAUGAUGAAACACCUGUGGAUUUAAACAAAUACCUGCAUCAAAUAGAAAAACCUUAUAAAGAAGUCAUGACAAGACACCCUAUUGAAGAACUUUUAGAUUCUUAUCACAACCAAGUGGAUCUGGCUCUUCGAAUUGAAAACCAGCACCGAGCAGUAGAUCAAGUAAUUAGAGCCGUAAGAAAAAUCUGUAGUGCUUUAGAUGGUGUAGAGACUCCUGCUAUUACAGAAUCAGUAAAGAAGCUAAAGAGAGCAGUUAAUCUUCCAAGGAGUAAAAGUGCUGAUGUGACUUCUGGAAAGGGAGAGACUAGCAAGAGUUCAAUUGGAGGCUCGCUGAAUCCUGAAAAUCCUGUUCAAGUAAGCAUAGACCAGUUAACUGCAGCAAUUUAUGAUCUUCUCAGACUCCAUGGAAAUUCCGGUAGGAGUCCUAUGGACUGUGCCCAAAGUAACAAAAAUAUCAAGGAAGCAUGGACCACAGCAGAACAGCUCCAGUUUACAAUUUUUGCUGCACAUGGAAUUUCAAGUAACUGGGUGUCAACUUAUGAAAAGUACUACUUGAUAUGUUCCCUGUCUCACAAUGGAAAGGAUCUUUUUAAACCUAUUCAAUCAAAGAAGGUUGGCACUUAUAAGAAUUUCUUCUAUCUUAUUAAAUGGGAUGAACUAAUUAUUUUUCCCAUCCAGAUCUCACAAUUGCCAUUAGAAUCACUUCUUCACCUUACUCUUUUUGGAAUUUUAAAUCAGAGCAGUGGAAGUUCCCCUGAUUCUAAUAAGCAGAGAAAGGGGCCAGAAGUUUUGGGCAAAGUUUCUUUACCUCUUUUUGAUUUUAAACGGUUUUUAACAUGUGGAACUAAGCUUCUAUAUCUUUGGACUUCGUCACAUAUAACUCCUAUUCCUGGAACAAUCUCCAAAAAAGGAUAUGUGAUGGAAAGAAUAGUGUUACAGGUUGAUUUUCCUUCUCCCACGUUUGAUAUCAUUUAUACCACUCCUCAAGUUGACAGAAGUAUUGUACAGGACCACAACUUAGAAACAUUGGAAAAUGAUAUAAAAGGGAAACUUCUUGAUAUUCUUCACAAAGAUUCAUCACUUGGACUUUCUAAAGAAGACAAAGCCUUUUUGUGGGAGAAACGUUAUUAUUGCCUCAAACACCCAAAUUGUCUUCCUAAAAUACUAGCAAGUGCCCCAAACUGGAAAUGGGUUAAUCUUGCCAAAAUUUACUCAUUGCUUCAGCAGUGGCCUCCAUUACACCCACUUACUGCAUUGGAGCUUCUUGAUUCAAAAUUUGCUGAUCAGGAAGUGAGGUCCCAAGCUGUGACUUGGAUCGAGGCUAUUAGUGAUGAUGAGCUGACCGAUCUUCUUCCACAGUUUGUACAGGCUUUGAAAUAUGAAAUUUAUUUGAACAGUUCAUUAGUGCGCUUCCUUCUGUCCAGGGCAUUGGAAAAUAUACAGAUAGCACACAGUUUAUAUUGGCUUCUCAAGGAUGCCCUGCAUGAUGCACAGUUUGGUGCCCGAUAUGAACAUGUUCUGGGUGCUCUCCUCUCAGUAGGAGGAAAAGGACUCAGAGAAGAACUCUUGAAGCAGACAAAACUUGUACAGCUUUUAGGAGGAGUAGCAGAAAAAGUAAAGCAGGCUAGUGGAUCAGCCAGACAGGUUGUCCUCCAAAGGAGUAUGGAACGAGUACAGUCCUUUUUUCUAAGAAAUAAAUGUCGUCUCCCUCUCAAUCCAAGUCUUGUGGCAAAAGAAUUAAAUAUUAAGUCAUGUUCCUUCUUCAGUUCUAAUGCUGUGCCCCUAAAGGUCACAAUGGUGAAUGCUGAUCCAAUGGGGGAAGAAAUUAAUGUCAUGUUUAAGGUUGGUGAAGAUCUUCGGCAGGAUAUGUUAGCUUUACAGAUGAUAAAGAUUAUGGACAAAAUCUGGCUUAAAGAAGGACUAGAUUUGAGGAUGGUGAUUUUCAAAUGUCUUUCAACUGGCAGAGAUCGAGGCAUGGUGGAGUUAGUUCCUGCUUCAGAUACCCUCAGGAAAAUCCAAGUUGAAUAUGGUGUGACCGGAUCCUUUAAAGAUAAACCACUUGCAGAGUGGCUGAGGAAAUAUAAUCCCUCUGAAGAGGAAUAUGAAAAGGCUUCUGAGAAUUUUAUCUAUUCUUGUGCUGGAUGCUGUGUAGCCACCUAUGUUUUAGGCAUCUGUGAUCGACACAAUGACAAUAUAAUGCUUCGAAGCACAGGACACAUGUUUCACAUUGACUUUGGGAAGUUUUUGGGCCAUGCACAGAUGUUUGGUAGCUUCAAAAGGGAUCGGGCUCCUUUUGUGCUGACCUCUGACAUGGCAUAUGUCAUUAAUGGGGGUGAAAAGCCCACCAUUCGAUUCCAGUUAUUUGUGGACCUCUGCUGUCAGGCCUACAACUUGAUAAGAAAGCAAACAAACCUCUUCCUUAACCUCCUUUCACUGAUGAUUCCCUCAGGGUUACCAGAACUUACAAAUAUUCAAGAUUUGAAAUAUGUUAGAGAUGCGCUUCAACCCCAAACUACAGAUGCAGAAGCCACAAUUUUCUUUACUAGGCUGAUUGAAUCAAGUUUGGGAAGCAUUGCCACAAAGUUUAACUUCUUCAUUCACAACCUUGCUCAACUGCGUUUUUCUGGUCUUCCUUCCAAUGAUGAGCCCAUCCUUUCAUUUUCACCCAAAACAUAUUCCUUUAGACAAGAUGGUCGAAUCAAGGAAGUCUCUGUUUUCACUUACCAUAAGAAAUACAACCCAGAUAAACAUUACGUUUAUGUAGUCCGAAUUUUGAGGGAAGGACAGCUUGAGCCAUCAUUUGUGUUCCGGACAUUUGACGAAUUUCAGGAACUUCACAACAAACUCAGUAUUAUUUUUCCACUUUGGAAGUUACCAGGCUUUCCUAAUAGGAUGGUUCUAGGAAGAACACACAUAAAAGAUGUAGCAGCCAAAAGAAAAAUUGAGUUAAACAGUUAUUUACAGAGUUUGAUGAGUGCUUCAAUGGAUGUAGCAGAGUGUGAUCUUGUUUGUACUUUUUUUCACCCUUUACUUCGUGAUGAGAAAGCUGAAGGAAUAGCUAGGUCUGCAGAUGUGUGUCCCUUCAGUCCUACUCCAGGCCAAAUAGGAGGAUCAGUGAAAUUAUCUGUCUCUUACCGAAAUGGGACUCUUUUCAUCAUGGUGAUGCACAUCAAAGACCUUGUUACUGAAGAUGGGGCUGACCCAAAUCCAUAUGUCAAAACUUACCUACUUCCAGAUCCCCACAAAACAUCCAAACGUAAAACCAAAAUUUCACGAAAAACUAGGAACCCAACAUUCAAUGAAAUGCUUGUGUACAAUGGAUAUAGCAAAGAAACCCUAAGACAGAGAGAACUUCAACUAAGUGUUCUCAGUGCAGAAUCUCUGCGGGAAAAUUUUUUCUUGGGUGGAAUAACCUUGCCUUUGAAAGAUUUCAACUUGAGCAAAGAGACGGUUAAGUGGUACCAGCUGACUGCAGCAACCUAUUUGUAAGCUAGUGAAUUUCUGAGCUUUGGAAGUAAGAAUAGUUGUAACUAUGUGGAUACACGCACAUACACACGUACACACGCUACACUUGAAAACUUUGUAUAGUAUUUUUAUACUUGUUCAGAAAUUAUAAAGUAAAUGUACUUGCUACAUUUCAACACACAUGUUGGACCAACAGUCACAUAACUUUUAUGAAUUUGUUGAAACCAUUGCCGUUUUAAAGUCAUUAUAUAGAAUGUUACAGACCCUAAACUUAAUAUAUAACAAGUCUGAAAAAGACUUGAACAAUUUAAUCCUCUCAAGUAAUUCAGAGUAAUAGCUUUAGUUUGGUUUGUUUUUCAUUGUUUCUUACACAGACACGGUUUGUUUUCCUGUUUUGCACCUUCUACAGCCUUUACCACUGUGCAUGUUUGCAAACACCAAAGGAAAGGAAAGGUGCAGGACGUUACCGUAAAAUGCAGCUGCUAUUCACAGGGUGGAAAAGCAAAGCACAAACUAUAGAUAUGUUAAGAACUACUAAGUAGUUUAUAGACCUAGGAGGAAAUAAUAUUGCUUUCUAUUUUCAUGUCUUUAAAGCCUUUUUCAGAAUUAAGUGCCAAUUACUGAAGUUGUAAAUAAUGGUGCCUUAACUUCACAUGCUUACCUGGUACUUCAUUCUGAUUAUUUUUCCUGGCUAGAUAAAUAGUAAGUAGUUUUCACUCAAGACAAGGAAUUAUUUACAUUUACUGCUGUUUUUCCCACAGAAAGAUCAUUUUCUCUACUUCUGAUAUAUGACUUCGUUAUUUAAAGUCAGCCAUUUGAUUUUUGUUUUUGUUAUCUGUUUAUUGAAUGAGAUUCAUCAAUGUAGCUGUACACUAAAUUACAUCAUUCCAUUAUAGUUCUACAUUUAUUCCCAGGAGUGAGAGUUGAAGUUUGGUAGUUUCACUUCCAUAUAUCUGUAUGUUACUCCCUCAUUAAAUGAGUGAAAAUUGUUUACCCAUGUACUCAUUCCUGUUUUGUAGAACUCCAGUGAGCAGGGCAGACUCUUCACAGGCCCAGGACAAGAAUUCUGGGGUCUAGACUGAAUUUUAAUGUAGAUUUUUAUGGCAAAGUUGGUCUCGUAGACUGUCUUACAUUUGUAAACAUUGUACAUUCAAAAAUUCUUUUCCUUAAUAUAAUGUGACUUCGAAUCAUAAGGGACAUGAUUGAAAUUAUUUACAGUAAUCAUUAAGAAUAAGAUUCAUUUUUAUUAGUUAAUCAACUUCACGCUCAGUGUUGUGUUUAGUUUGGAUAAAUAUGUAUAUAUAAUAUUCUCAUGGCUAAAAUAGAAAUUCACUUUUUAGGUGAUAAUAGAGAUUGUAACAAUCUGGGUGCUGUGAAAUAACUGACAAAAUAUGCAAUAUAGAAUACCAAGAAAGAAAGGACAGUUUGCAAUUCAGUUGUCCAGAACAGAAUUUUUAUGAACUGUGCAAAUGUUUAAUGUACAUGGUGAUACCUGCAGAGCAGAAGUAGAUGAGUUGAGGAUAUAUCAGUGGGACAGGCUAAAAAAAAAAAAAAAAACUUGAAAUUUUUGGUGCCUAACACUAAUGGUCCAUUU